ACAGCACAGUCUUGCUCACGCUGAAAAUGAUCGCUUCGUUAGUUCAUGAAAGGCACUGUGGCGACUAACCUUCUUUCGUAUUUUGUCCGGGGAAAUGGAUGCAAGCCGGGUCACCUCCUUGUCGUUUUUGUAUAAAAUGAUCCUAUUUAUUCACUUUGUGCUCCAGAUCUGAUGAUAGCCUCUCAGGCUGUGAAUAAUAAUUUCAUCAAGGAGCAGAAAAAACUAAUGCAGAUACCAUGUUUGUGCAGCAGUGCCACGUGCUUGCUGUGCAGAUGUUGCCCCAACAGCAAGAACUCUACAGUUACCCGCCUUAUUUACGCUUUUAUUUUGCUGCUUGGGACCGUGGUUUCCUGCAUCAUGCUGGCUCCGGGGAUUGAGCAGCAACUAAAAAAGAUACCAGGAUUCUGUGAAGGGGGUAGUGGAACGCAGAUCCCAACGGUAGAUGGCUUUGCGAACUGUGAUGUCUUUGUGGGCUAUAAGGCCGUGUAUCGGAUGUGUUUUGGACUGGCCAUUUCCUUCUUUGCCUUCUCUCUGCUUAUGCUUAAUGUUAAAAAUAGCAGAGAUCCUAGAGCUGCCAUUCAUAAUGGGUUCUGGUUCUUUAAGAUUGCUGCCAUUAUUGCUGUAACAGUCGGUGCCUUUUAUAUCCCAGAGGGCCCCUUCACUCGAGCCUGGUUUGUCAUAGGCACUUUUGGUGCCUUUUGCUUUAUCCUUAUACAACUGGUACUCUUGGUGGAUUUUGCCCAUUCCUGGAAUGAGUCCUGGGUUGAAAAGAUGGAAGAAGGAAAUUCGCGCUGUUGGUAUGCAGCCUUACUGUCAGCCACUGGGUUAAACUACAUCCUGUCCAUUGUGGCCAUUGUCCUUUUCUAUGUAUUUUACACCAAACCUGAGGGUUGUAUUGAAAACAAGUUUUUCAUCAGUUUCAACAUGCUUUUCUGCAUUGCUGCCUCUAUCACCUCUGUCCUGCCUAAAGUUCAGGAGGCUCAGCCUCGCUCAGGCCUGUUGCAGUCUUCCCUCAUCACUCUCUAUACAAUGUACCUUACAUGGUCAGCAAUGACAAAUGAACCUGAUCGGAGUUGUAACCCAAGUCUGCUUAGUAUUAUUGAGCAGAUUGCUGCUCCAACACUGGUGCCUGCAAACAGGACUGUAGUGAUUACUGGUGAUGAAACUCCAGCCCCUCAUCCGUCAUUGCAGUGGUGGGAUGCCCAGAGCAUUGUCGGGCUUGUCAUCUUUAUCCUGUGCAUCCUGUUAUCAAGCAUCCGCUCCUCCAACAACUCCCAAGUGAACAAGCUGACCCUGUCCACAAACGACUCUGUGAUGCUGGAUGACACUGCGGCAGGGGGCAGCAGAGAUCUGGAGAAUGGGAAUGGACCAAGGCGUGUUGAAGACAAUGAGAGAGAUGCGGUUCAGUAUAGCUACUCCUUCUUCCACUUCAUGCUAUCCCUGGCUUCACUGUACAUCAUGAUGACUCUCACCAACUGGUAUAGCCCAGAUGCAGACUAUAAGACCAUGACCAGCAAGUGGCCUGCAGUGUGGGUGAAGAUGACGUCCAGUUGGGUCUGUCUGGUCCUGUACGUUUGGACCCUGAUUGCCCCAGUCGUUCUCACCAAUAGGGAAUUCAACUAGUUCCAUCUUUCUUCACAAAGCACAUUCUCAAUACAGUCCUUUCUUCCGUAACCAAAUUUGUAUAAUUUGUUUUCCCCUUGUAGGUUCUAAAAUGUUGUCAAUGUUGUUUUUAGUUGACUUGUUAAAACAUCAUUCCAUCACUGCUAUUCAAAAUGCUGUUGCUUGUGGGUAUGUAAAAAAAUGUUUGUCUGAAUGCAUUAUAUAAAGUAUGCUUCCCUGUAGUCCUGAGACCUGCUCCAAUUACCUUCACUCUUAUACGUUAAUAGGUCUAAGAGCAGCAGCAUUAUUUUUUAAUUUAAACCAACAGUGCACUGAGCAUUCUAUAAGGACUGUCUUUAAGUUAAUGUCUUUUAGACAUUUAUUUUUAAUGCACUUUAUGCUAAUCAUUGUAUACUUCUAUUUCUUGAUUUGUGCUUUCUUAAUUAAGCUUGAAAAUUAUUACUUUUACAAAAAUUGAAGCUCAGCAAAGAAAAAAUAAUUUAUAGUCAAGUGCUACAGAAUUGCAAUAUAAGAUGCUUUUGCCAAAUGUGUAAAAUAUUAGUGUUUUUUUAAUCUUAAUGAAGUUAGGUUGGCGGGCUGAUAAAACUGUGUAAGCCUAGCUGUAGAUCAUUGAACAAAGCAAUGUAUUUGUGUUGUAUGGCUUCGCACUAUAAAAUAAAACAUUUAUCAGGUU